UUUUGGAAAUUACCCUGUAAUUUGUAUAUUAAACAAAUAAUUAAAUUGUAGUCAAAAUUUCAACUUACUGUUGGGGGUAAUUUAUGAAUAAUUUAGAAUUUAGUUAAAUAUCAAAGGUUCUUGUCAAACAACACACAUAACCUCAAAUUAUGACAUAACCUCAAUUCCUUAAAAAUUAAUUUUCAGAAAAAAUGUUUAAUAUAAUUAGGAAUAUAGUUUUCAUACAAUCGAAGUCAUUAAAAUCGAAAAUUUAUCAUGUUAAAUGGCGAGCUGAUACAAGAGCGUAUUGUGAAGCCCCCAUUGAUUUUACACAAAUCCCAAUCGAACGAAUACGAAAUUUUAGCAUAAUAGCUCAUGUGGAUCAUGGAAAGAGUACCCUAGCAGAUCGUCUUCUUGAAUUCACAGGUGCUGUAACAAAAAAUAGUGGGCAGAAUCAAAUUUUGGAUAAAUUACAAGUAGAACGCGAAAGAGGAAUUACAGUCAAAGCCCAAAGCGUGUCAUUAUUAUAUAAUUACAAAGGACACGACUAUUUAUUAAAUUUAAUUGAUACUCCUGGUCAUGUAGAUUUUUCAAGCGAGGUCUCUAGGUCACUUUCCGCAUGCCAAGGGGUUAUUCUAGUAGUGGACGCAAAUGACGGGGUCCAGGCUCAAACUGUGGCAAAUUUUUAUUUAGCUUUUGGCAAAGAUCUCACAAUUGUGCCUGUUUUAAAUAAAAUUGAUUUGAAAAAUGCUAACCCUGACAGAGUUACCAAACAGUUAGUGUCACUUUUUGAUAUGGAACCUCAAGAAGUGUUGAGGAUUUCUGCAAAAUUAGGUACAGGCAUUCAGUCAGUUAUUGAGGCUUUAAUAGAAAGAAUUUUACCACCAAAAGUGGACAGAACUGCUCCUUUCCGUGCUCUACUGUUUGAUAGUUGGUUUGACAAAUAUAGGGGGGCCUUGUCGUUAAUUUAUAUUCAAGACGGUGAAAUAAAUAUAGGGGAUGAAAUUCAAUUCUGCCACUCUAAAAAAACAUACGCUAUUAAAACGUUAUCCUUGUUAAGGCCACAAGAGGUUGCUACUAAAAAACUAGUGGCUGGUCAAAUUGGCUUAAUUGGUUGUAAUAUGAGGACAAGUAAAGAGGCUUUCAUUGGUGACACUAUUCAUCUCUCCUCUCGCCCCGUUGAGCCUCUUCAAGGUUUUGAACCGCCUCAACCAAUGGUAUUCGCCGGUGUUUAUCCAAUGGACCAAUCACAGCACGUCAAUUUGAGGAGUGCUAUAGAGAAAUUGACUUUGAAUGAUUCGGCCGUAUCGGUUGAUAUUGAUUCGAGUCCGGCGUUGGGUCAAGGCUGGAGACUGGGUUUUUUGGGGCUAUUACAUUUGGAAGUUUUUUCGCAGCGUUUGCAACAGGAAUAUGGCGCUGAACCGAUUCUCACAGCGCCCUCUGUCACUUAUAAAAUUAAAUUAAAAGAAACCAAACAAAAUAUUAAGACAGGUUUAGAAAUAUUUGUUAAUAAUCCCGCUUUGUGGCCUGAUGUUCAACAAAUUGAGGAGUGUUUCGAGCCGAUGGUAAUCGGGACUAUUAUCACUCCUGAUAAGUAUUUGGGUCCGAUAAUGUCACUUUGUAUGGAAAGACGAGGUAUUCAAAGAAGUGCUACCAACAUAGACAACGAUCGUGUCAUGUUACAAUACGACUUGCCCCUUUGCGAAAUAAUUAUAGAUUUUCAUGAUAGCCUGAAAACAAUCUCGUCCGGUUAUGCCAGUUUUGAUUAUGAGGACAGCGGAUACCAAAGCUCUAAUCUGGUUAAAUUGUGCAUUUUGUUGAAUGGAACAGCAAUUGACGAAUUAAGCAAUAUUGUUCACAUCACUAAAGCCCAAUUUAUUGGUAGGAAAAUGGUUCUGAAAUUGAAAGAUAUAAUCCCACGCCAGAUGAUACAAAUUGCCAUCCAGGCUGUUUGCAACGGUAAAAUUUUGGCUAGGGAAACUCUUAAAGCUUAUCGGAAAGACGUGACAGCUAAACUUUACGGAGGUGAUGUUACAAGAAGAAUGAAACUACUGGCACAACAAGCUGCCGGCAAAAAGAAAAUGCGCAUGGUUGCAAACAUUUCUUUACCCAGAGAGACAUUUAUAGACGUUUUGAAGAAAUAAUUUGUAAUUUUUUAUUAUCUAUGAAAUAUAAGUUACAUCUUUAGUAAU